AUCUUGAUGGUACCUUAGACAAUAAGUUCUCCGAACUUGCUUCAAAAACUUUAGUUACGCGCUUACUAAAGUGAUGAGCAGAAGCUCCUAUUUAUGAUGAGUCUGGAAUUGCGAGAGUGGAAGGUGUGUGAGUGAGAGGCAUAGCAUGGAAUCGGAACAGUGUCACGAUGUUUAUCUGAGUUUGAAAGGGAAAAUCCACUACGGCUUCGGCGGAAAUCUGUACAACGCGCUGCGGAAGAAGGGGUUCGAGACUAUGAUGAACAAAGAGGGAAUGCAGAGUGGUUCCCAAGAUUCACCCUUUCUUCUGAGAGCAAUCGAGCAAUCUAGAAUCUCGAUCGUUGUUUUCACCGAAGACUACCCACGUUACACUUGGUGUCUGAAGGAGCUUGUCAAGAUUGUCGAGUGUAUGGAGACCAAGAACCAAUUGGUUUUCCCAAUCUUCUACAAAGUCAAACCCUACAACGUCAGGGAACAGAAGAAAUCCUACUUCAAUGCCUUUGCCAGACACGACAAGAAGUUCGGGAAGGACUCCGACGAAGUCCGCAAAUGGCGGUCUGCUAUGUCUCGAGUCGCCAAUUUGCCUGGACUCAUCGCUCGAUCUGGGUAUGAAUAUGAGCAUCUUGANCCCCCACUUUCUCGGAAGCAGUAUUUCAUAAAUCAACACUUGUCUUUACUCUACAAACUAAUUUAUUUAACGUAA